AUGGCUCACCCACCGGUGUAUCCACUCGUGCAUGUCCUGCGCCAGCUUACGCAGCACCAUGAUGCGCGCACCUCGAGGAAUGCGUCUGCAAUCUCGUCGCGAACGCACCCGCUUUCUUUGUCCAUGCUAUCCACCCCUCUUCCCCCCCCCCCCCCCCUUGUUCCCCCCCUCUCCCCUCUCCCAGCCCACUCCCAGCCAUCUCCCAGGCCUCUCCCCUCCCCCACGCCCACCUCUCCCCGCCCCCACAUCUCCCCUCCCCCACGCCCACCUCUCCCCGCCCCCACAUCUCCCCUCCCCCACGCCCACCUCUCCCCGCCCCCACAUCUCCCCUCCCCCACGCCCACCUCUCCCCGCCCCCACAUCUCCCCUCCCCCACGCCCACCUCUCCCCGCCCCCACAUCUCCCCUCCCCCACGCCCACCUCUCCCUGCCCCCACAUCUCCCCUCCCCCACGCCCACCUCUCCCCGCCCCCACAUCUCCCCUCCCCCACGCCCACCUCUCCCCGCCCCUCUCCCGCACCUAGAGGAAGCUCCCUAUCCCCACCCCCACACCUCCCCUCCCCCGCGCCCACCUCUCCCCAACCCUCUUACCCACCUCGAGGAAGGCAUCGGCCAUCUCGUCGCGGGAGCACCCGCUUACUUGACGAGCAGGGGAGAGGAGCAGGUUGGGAGAAGUCAAUUCUCCCACCAGCGCUGA